UUUAUAUAACUUGUCAUCUUCUUGCGCCCACUUGCGCUAUUCAGCUCCAUCCACCCCGUGUUCCUGACAGUCCUCGUGUAACUUAGUUGUGGUGUUACAGCAUGACAGACGAUGUGGAACAGUGUCGAGCGGCAUUGAACAGAUACCCUCUCGGCCAUUCUGAUCGACCACAGUCUCUCAACAAUCUUGCCAUCUGCCUUCGAAACAGAUUCAUGCAGCAAGGCGCCCCAUCUGACAUUGAUGAGUCCAUAGAGCUCCAUCGGGCUGCACUACUCCUUCGUCCUCCCGGACAUUCUGAUCGACCAAAGUCUCUCAACAAUCUCGCCGUCAGCCUUCUAAACAGAUUCACUCAGCAGGGUAUCCUGUCUGACCUUGAUGAAUGCAUCGAGCUACAUAGGGCUGCACUACUACUUCGUCCUCCCGGUCAUUGUGAUCGAUCACAUUCUCUCAACAAUCUUGCUGUUAGCCUUCAAGACAGAUUCACUCAGCGGGGUGUUCUGUCUGAUCUUGAUGAGUCCAUCGAGCUACAUAGGGCUGCACUACUCCUUCGCCUCCCCGGUCAUGCCAAUCGACCACAUACUCUCAACAAUCUCGCCAACAGCCUUGGGAACAGAUUCAGUCAGCAGGGCGUCCCGUCUGACCUUGAUGAGUGCAUUGAGCUCCAUCGAGCUGCGCUACUCCUUCGUCCCCUUGGUCAUUCGGAUCGACCAUACACUCUCAACAAUCUCGCCAACAGCCUUCGAGAUAGAUUCAUUCAUCGGGGUGUCAUGUCUGACCUUGAUGAUUCUAUCGAGCUUCAUCGUGCUGCACUACUACUUCGUCCUCCCGGUUAUCCUGAUCAAUCGCACUCUCUCCACAAUCUCGCCGCCAGCCUUCAAGACAGAUUCACUCAUCGGGGCGUCCUGUCUGACCUUGAUGAGUGCAUCGAACUCAAUCGGGCUGCACUACUCCUUUGUCCCCCCGGUCAUUCUGGUCGAUCGAACACUCUCAACAAUCUUGCCAACAGCAUUGGGAACAGAUUCAGUCAGCGGGGCGUCCCGUCUGACCUUGAUGAGUGCAUCGAGCUCCAUCGAGCUGCACUACUCCUUCGUCCCCUCGGUCAUUCAGAUCGAUCACACUCUCUCCACAAUCUCGCCGUCAGCCUUCGAGACAGAUUCACUCAGCGGGGCGUCCCAUCUGACCUUGACGAGUCCAUUGAGCUCGAUCGGGCUGCACUACUCCUUCGUCCCCCCGGUCAUCCUCUUCGAUCGUCUUCUUUCAACAACCUCGCCAGCAGCCUUCAAGAAAGAUUCGCCAAGUGGGGCGUACCGUCUGACCUUGAUGAGGGCGUCGAGUUUCUUCGGGCUGCACUACUACUUCAUCCUCCAGGUCAUUCUAAUCGAUCGCAGUCUCUCCAUGAUCUCGCUGAAAGCCUUCGAGAGAGAUUCAUGUAGCAUGGGGUCCAGCUUGACCUUGAUGAGUCCAUCGAACUCAAUCGGGCUGCACUACUCCUUCUUCCUGCCGGCCAUUCUCUUCGAUCGUUAGCUCUCAGCAGUCUUGCCAACAGCCUUCAAGACAGAUUCAAGC